AUAAACAAAUGGUAGAAAAAGGAGGUCUGCCAGUCAAUGUAACUCCACCUCACGGUAUGCCGGUGGCCAGGCCGGAGGUACCUGGAGCUCAUUUUCCUUCUGCUGCCUCAUUUGGAGCCACCUUGAAGGAAUCACAAGAGCUGGGCUGGCCUGGUCUUCUCCCCAGGCAGCACGCCAGCCACAGCCUCUCUGGCCAGUGACCCCCAUUCUGUCUGGAACAACGUCAUCAUGAAAAUGUCCUGCUUUUGAGGCCGCCUAAUUUGCCCAUGGGCCAGUCCUGUUAGAGUUCUAGCAUUAGCAGAAUAGCAGAGGAAGGGAGAAGAUGCAAAACUCUUCGAACCUGUUGCUUAUUGAGACUUUCCUUAUAAAAGCAGUAAAAGAAGUUGUAGAAACAAGACUUCCCAGGAGUCUCCCGGAUUAGCUGCAUGUGCUCUGGUCCCGUUUAGCCCUGAAAAUGCAGUCCACGGUCUGUAGCUUUUGCCCCGGAUUCUGGUCAGCGUUGGGAACGAUGAAUGCUCUCUGGUUCCCUGCACGGCUGCAAAACAAAUUAGGAAAAUGAGAACAUCCCUUGGGGGCUGGGAAGAGGUUCUCAAACCAAAAUUCUUCAUCCUUUCUCGGUGGUAGCAGUUCACAGCCACAGCCCACAAUCUGGCUCUCGCCUUGCGAGGGACUUCCCUUGUUGAGAUUUGGUUUUCACUUGUGCAUUUGGGUCCAGAAGCAUAUGCUGUGUGCUUCUGCAGGCUAGGAAUUGGCGUCUGUUUCUGUAUUCCCGGCACCUAGCACAGUGCCAGGCACAGAGCGUCUACGCAGUGCAUGUUGAUGGAAGGAAGUUCGCACACAGUAAGGCUUCCCGAAGAUGCCAGCUGGGGGGAUGGGGUAUGUACUGGUGAACAGUUUGUCCCUUCUUAAUAGAAUCCCAUCCAUUUGUCUAAGAUGGCAUUCAGCCCUUCGGGUGCCAGUUCCAUAAGACGCGUUACACAGGCUCCCAAUGCAGCCUGAAACUGAGGCAAAGUGGGAACUGGGCAGCAUAGUUCAACGGUUAUGGGCUUGGUUUUGUAAUCAGAACCGUGUUCUGACUCAGGUAAUGCUACCAAUAGCUGUGUGACCUUAGCCAAAUUACUUGAUUUCUUUGAGCCUUAGUUUCCUCCUCUGUAAAAUGAGGCAUACACAAGAGCUACAUCAAGGGAUUACUGUGAGAGUUCAGAGAGAGAAAGAAUAGAUAAAAAUGUAAAUUCAAUUAGCAUAGUUUAUGUUGCAUAGUAAGAGUUGAGUAAACCUUAGCGGUGUCUUUAGACAAGAUCCAUCACAGCAGAAAACCCCAUCGACCUGAUGCUCUUAGCUUCUGCUUAUACCACAGCCUGGGCAAAAUCUCAGUCCUACUCUACAGGCAAAGGGUUCCAGGAUAGAGUAGCCCAACCCCAAGUUCAGAGCAUAUCUCUUACCUAAAAGAAACACCAAACAGAGAAACCUCCCUCUCAACCACACCGCCCCCUGAGUCUUCCCGAUGAUAUGAAAGAGUUCUAUGUGGGUAACUUUAAGUGGAGCCAUAAAUCUUCACCUACCUUUCUUUUAUAUGUGCUGCCGAAGCAAGCACAACCUACCUUUCUUUCAAAGGAUUGUAAAAAACCUUUGCUUUUUCAAGACCCGCAAUGGAACAAACAAAACAUGGAGCCCCCACACAAUGCAGGCAUCGGAAUUUAAACCAGCGCAUCUCCAUGCCAAGACAACCAGUCUGCCGAGGAGGGACACAGAGGCCUUGUUAUAAAGUCAUAUACUUCCACGAUGCUUCUCGAAGACUGAACUUUGAGGAAGCCAACACAGCCUGCAGGAGGGAUGGGGCCCAGCUAGUCAGCAUCGAGUCUGAGGACGAACAGAGACUGAUAGAAAAGUUCAUUGAAAACCUCCUGGCGUCUGAUGGAGAUUUCUGGAUUGGGCUCAGGAGGCGUGAAGAGAAGCAAAGCAAUAGCACAGCCUGCCAGGACCUUUACACAUGGACGGAUGGCAGCACGGCAACAUUCAGGAACUGGUACGUGGAUGAACCUUCGUGCGGCAGCGAGGUCUGCGUGGUCAUGUACCAUCAGCCGUCGGCACCUGCUGGCGUCGGGGGCCCCUACAUGUUCCAGUGGAAUGACGACCGGUGCACCAUGAAGAACAAUUUUGUUUGCAAAUAUUCCGAUGAGAAACCAACAGCUCCUUCUACAAAGCCUGGAGAUGAAAGAACAGAGCCAGCGACACCCAUGCUUCCAGAAGAUACGGGGAAAGAAGAUGCCAGAGAGACAUUUAAAGGAAACGACGAAUCCACCUUGAAUCUUGCUUAUAUUCUAAUCCCUAGCACCGUCUUUCUCCUCGUGGUCAUCACGGUUGUCUUUUGGGUUUGGAUCUCCAGAAGGAGGAAACGGGAGCAGCCAGGCUCCAGCAUGAAGGAGCCGCACACCAUCUGGCCCUCUCCUCACCAUGGGGACAGCCCAGACCUCGAGGUUUACAAUGUCAUACGAAAACAAAGUGAAGCCGAUUUAGCUGAGACCCGGCCAGACCUGAAGAACAUCUCAUUUCGAGUGUGUUCGGGUGAAGCCACUCCCGAUGCCAUGUCUUGUGACUAUGACAACAUAGCUGUGGACCCCUCCGAAAGUGGAUUCGUGACUCUGGCGAGCUUGGAGAGCGGCUUUGUGACCAAUGACAUUUACGAGUUCUCCCUGGACCGAACGGGGAGGAGCAAGGAGUCUGGAUGGGUGGAAAAUGAUAUAUAUGGUUAUUAGGACACAUGAGAAACACUUGAAUGAACGGGAAUGGGAAAGAAAAGGGGAGCAAACUUCUCCUGUUUUCUAUGAGGAGAAGACUCAGAAAGUCUAUGAAAAUCUCCGAUCAGGUCGUGGGGAUCAGCAUGUGAUCUCCAUUAGCCCCUGUUGGAUCCCCAAGUUUGGCCAGAUCCCCUAUCCCCGACUCUCCCCCAGAUCAACCUUAGGAGAAAGCCUUGCCCGUGGUCAGGCAUGUAGUAGAAAAUACCAGUUGAUGGGUUACUUCUGACUUUCAAGGGACCAUGCUUUCCUUGGCAGGGAGAAGGUUGUGGCUGCGGGACUCAGGAGUCCCACCUCUGGGUUCUCUGUUUCUUACUCUGUAUAGCAGCACGUAUAAUCACAGCAAGACAGAAAUUACUGACUCUUUGCAAAGCCCACGUCCUCUGGCAUCGGGCUGGCCUGUGUGUCGGUAAUUCUAAGGUCCGUUUUUUUCAAAGAAUCAAAUCCAAUCAAAAGCAGGAAGCAGAAUGUUAGUCUGUCUGUGUCUACAGCCCUUCCUCUGCCUGUGGCCUCAGGGGACCUCUUUUUCUUUCUCCUCACAUCCAAACUUGGAAAUAGCCAACUUGGAAAUAUUUGACAAACUGGGACUGAAAUCCCCAGUCUCGGCUUCCAGGCGCCGCUGCGUGCCCAGCCCGGGCCGUGCUCGUUACGGAGCUGGUAUGUGUGUUCGACCCAAGCACCAGCACAGCAUUGCCGGUGACGGUCCCCACUCCUCCUGUUUGUGGUAGGGACCGGCCUGAAUACUCUGGGACUCAGGUCCGCAGCAGAGUUUCUUGGCCCAACACCAGUUGUUUACACGUUGAAGGUCUAAGGGCUUCUAUCUUGUUAUUUUAGGCUUUCUUCUCGAUCUUAUUUUCUCACAGUUUGUCCUUUUGCCUCAUGUGUGGAGCCCGGAACGAGAGAGAGUUAGCUGGUCUGGGUCCCAGCAGCGUCGCCUGCCCAAUUACCCGCCACAGUGGGGCGGAGAGCAGGGGGUGGACGACAAACACGUCACUUAUGCCUGCUUCCAGGAAGUGCAUUUUGUGGACUUACAAGAUUUUUUAAAGAUUUUUUUUAUUUAUUUGACACGGAGAGAGAGCACAAGCAGAGGGAGCAGCAGAAGGAAAGGGAGAAGCAGGCUCGCUCCCCGUGAGUGGGGAGCCUGAUGUGGGACUCGAUCUCAGGACCCUGAGAUCAUGACCUGAGCUGAAGGCAGACCCUUAACCAACUGAGCCACCCAGGUGCCCCGACUUACAACACUUAAAGCAAAAAGAGUGACCCCAUGGUCUGAAGGACUGACUUGUUUGCUGCUCCAAAACAUCGAAGUUCCAUAAUUGGGCUUCAGAUGUCCCGACUCUGUAAUCUGUCCGUUUAGCUCCCCCACCCCCACCCCGGGUCCCCCUCCUCAGGCCCCUGUGAGGCUGCACCUCCACCAGGACAGGGAUCCUGUCUGUCCCAUCAGCAUCAAACCACCUACACCCAAGACCGCAUUUGGCACAGAGGAUACAAUGUUUGUGGAAUGCAUGAACAAUUCAUUUUCAGGUCCACGUAAAUUAGCCUAGAUAUGUUAGCCUAAACGUUUGUAGGACCCUUUGUUCACACUCUGCCUGAGUUGGGGAGGUCAGGGAGUUAUCUUAGUUUAAAAGGCUUUCCUUUCGCCUAGGAAGAGGGAAGCGUGGUAACAAACAAGCUGGUAAAUGGCAUUAACAACAUCCUUCAUGUCACUGAAGCUGGUAACCAAAGGGUUAAUGGGGCUAACAAGCCCAGCUGCAACUUUUUACCCAGGCCCCUUCUAUUUGCCUUUAAAUUUCCUGGCUCUGAGCCUUCUUUGGGGGAAGGUAGAGCUGAGGCUGGUCCAUUGGGCUCCUCAUCUGGUCGCUUCUCAGAGAAGUCGUUUCCUUGUUGCCAGCUCGAUGGCUCAGUGGUUAUCCUAGAAGUGCCUCAUGCGACAGACCUGGGUUUGGGUACAAAGUUGGCGAAGCCACCUGGAGCUCCCCGCUCAUGGUUCCUCGGGCCCCAGCCGGGAAGGGGAGUCCAGCGACCGUCCAAGCGGCUGCCGAGGCUCUUGGUCCUCCGGCGUCGCAGGGGCCGCACCCCAACUGGGUACCUUUCGGCACCAAAUGUAACUCCUGCGGCCGGCGGCUAGUCUGGGGCUUGGUUUGGAUGGACGUCUCUGGGUGAAUACUUCAUGUGCGGUGGCACGUGACCCUGUUUCUUCCGUUUGGUUCAUUCGGUGAAGCUCGGACUUACGGGCUGGCACCGAUGGGGCUUCCUUCAGUGUGUUUGUUGUUGCAGCUUUUGGCAUCUUUGAAUAAGAGUAGCCGUGUUCUGACUGGGAUAUGCGAAACGACCAUUUGAUCCCCAUACGCAGCUCUCGGGGUUGUAUCCUCUUAAACUGGGUUAUUAUUAUUAUUAUUAUUAUUAUUGCAAUACCGCUUGGCCACCAUAUUUAUGAGACUCCUAAGAAAAAUGACCAAUAAAAGGAUCCAUAAAUUAUAACUCCUCUUGCAAUGGAUUUGUUUUAUACAAAGAUGAUACUUAGAGAUUGGGGCUUGAAGAUUUUGUUUGCCUCUUGUUUGUGUAUUUGUGUGCACGUCCUUGGACAUUGUGGAUGUGAGAGGUUUUCCUCUGUCUCUGGACGGUCUUGCUAAAACUCGUUUGUAAAAGCGCUCCAUUUGGUUGGCUUAAAGGCUAACGCUUGUUUGUAAUAAUUGGGCAUUCUAAAACUCAGAAAAAUGGAAACUAAACCAAACAUUUCUCAAGUUUAUGUGCCCUAGGAAAAUGUUUGAUAUUAAAGCUAAUUUCGGCUUGUUGGUUUCAUUAAAAUGGAGCUGUCUUCAGA